GGUGCCUCUCUGGUCUAGUGAUAUUUGUUUUCUUAAAUGCUUGGUUGAGCCAACUGAAUAUAAAAGGUCUCAACGAGCAUCAAUUCAUGAACGUAGGUAAGCUGGGUUUCCGGGAUCAUUGUAGUCCAACUUAAGGCUUUCAAGAAUGUAGCUUAUAUAUUGCUUACUAGCUCCUUUACUGCACCACUGUUCUCUGCUGAUAUACAUUUAAUUUAAUGAGUGAUAACUUUGGUCAGUGUGAUAUUAUCUGAUUCUGAAGACGAAGGUUUUGACAAAGGACCUGAAGCCAGAAGGCAGAAAUAUGCAAUCAUGGCUGUAAACGUGUAUAAUAACCGUUGUUCGUCAAACUUUGAGCUUGUGGAGACUGGCCCCCUAGCAGCCGGAUACAUUUCAACAGCCCGUAUUUUCCAUUUUAACUUCAAGGCUAAGGAGAAAAAUAAUCCUGAUGCUCCUGUGCACACCUUUUUCUCUGAACACCAAAGAUAAUAGAAGUGUUGUUACUUGUCACAGAUUCAUUUUCAUGGGGCCAACCCACUUACUACCAGAGAAAGCUGAUACUCUUGGAUGUCUCUAUUGUUGCUCUAACAAUAUUCAUCAUCCUCAUUUUCAUGAGUCCUUCCAAAGAGGAGCUGAGCAUCUUUAUCCAACCUUGUGUUCCCAACUCCAAGAGAUUAGAACAUACAUUGCAGAGGGGCUAAAGAAAGCUGAAAAAGAAGAAGCGUUGUUCAUUCCUAAUUUCUCGCAUCCUGGAGUCAAGUAUUUACCCAACAUGAGCACUAAAGAUAUAGCUAUGGAAGAUGUAGCCUUGCACUUUUUUUAUGAAAAAGAGGGUACAAAUUUUGAGCUUGUGAAGAAAGGUCCCAUUGCAACAUCAAGGAUUAGCAUAGGGCUUAUCAGGCAUCUCAAUUUCGAGGCUAAGGACAAAAUUGAUCCCGACGUUCCAGUGCAGACUUUUUUUGCCCAAGUGAUUCGAAACCGGUUUUUCUACUUCGCUAACUUCUGCAAAUGCUUGGGUCCAUCCGAUUCCCUACCAGAUAAAGCUGAUAUUUGCGGCUGCCGUUAUUGUGACAAAACACAUGUUCAUCAUCCUCCUGGUUCAGGGUACUUAACUGGACGAGAGUGCUUAAAUGGACGAGAGUAAGAAAAUUAACAACAUUUCAAAAUAUGAUGCAAUUAAAGUCUAGUAGGAUUCUGAUGUCAUAAUUUAAUUAGUUCUCGUGAAAAGGCUGCCUAUCCCUCUUAAAACUACUGUAAUGAAACUUGAGUUGAACUUAUUAUGUACAUUAUCCGGAGUACUGGGGAAUGAUUACUGCUACUAAGCUCUAUA